AUGAAUAAAAAAUUAACAAAAUUAAUUGAAAAAGAUAUAAUAAUUUUAUUAAUAAAUUAUUUUUUAAUUCCAAAAAAUAAAAAAUAUGUAAAUAAAAAUUUUUAUUAUUCAAAAUUGGGAUUAUAUUAUUACCAAGAUGAAGUUUUAAAUUUAUGUUUGGUUUCAAAAGAAUGGUAUUUUUUAAUUUCCCCACUCAUUUCAUAUGAAAUAAUAAAAGAUCAUGGUGAAGAUAUAAUUAUGGACAAAUGGUUUAGAAAAGAAUUGUAUCAAAAUCAAUAUAUAGAACAAUUUAAAAAUGUUUCAAACAUAAAUAAUUCAAUUGAAAGCAUUGGGCCAAGUAGAUAUUUAAAAAACGAACCAAUUUAUAUAUCAGUAUUGUCAAUUUCAAAAUAUAGUUUAAGCCAAAGUUUGAAUAAAAUUUUUAAAUUAAUUAUAAAUAAAAAUUGGUCAAUUAUUAAAAUUAAAAAAGAAAUAAUUUCAGACUUUUUUAGUAAUAAUAUUAUAAUUAUAAAAAGUUAUGGUAAAAAUUAUCCAGAUACAGAAAAAUAUAACAAUUUUAAAAGAGUAUCUUUCAUUUGUGUAAAUGAAAUGAAAUAUGAAGCAACAUGCACAUUUCCACCCAUUCCAAAUCGUCAAUUACUGUCUGAAAUUGCAUGUCUUAAUAAACCUUUAGGUGUAGAAUUAAAGUUUUGGAAAAAGUUACCAUUAAUUGAAUUAAAAAUUGAUGGUUUACAAUUUAGUCAUUUAGUUAAUAAUGAUCUAACUCAAUUAAAACAUUUAAAACUUUAUUCUUGUCCUUCUUCAUUACAUGCAAGUACAUUACAACCAGGUGCUUUGAUAUCUUUGAAUAAAAGAUGUCCAACUUUAAAAACACUUGCAAUUCAGGUACCAUUUCAUUUAAUAAACAAACAUUAUCAUGGAUGUAAAAUAACUAAACAAUGUUUUAAUGGAGAUAAUCUUUCAAAAAAUAUUUCCAAAGAAUGGAAUGAAUUGAUAGUCACACUUUCUAAUAAUACAUCAAUUGUGAAUCUAACCAUUUCAAAUUUUCCAUGCGAAUACUUUCUAGACCCAAUAAAAUGUUAUGAAUAUUCAAAUUUAGAAUUAAAUGAAAAUACAAUCAAAUGUAUAUCAGAUGGAUUUUAUAAUCUUAUUAAAAAUAAUAAAACCAUUAAAUUUUUAAGAUUAAUAAAUAUUGAUUGUAGUGUUUCUCCAAAUUCAUUUUCAGCUUUACUAUUUAAUUCAACGAUUAAAACAUUAGUUAUAAAUAAUUUUUCAAUAGGACCUUCAUUCUCUACAUCAAUAAUUGAAUAUUUAUUUUCUGAUAUAUUUUCUAAAAAUGAUUCAUUAUCCUCAUCAUCAUCAUCUUCAUCAUCAUUAAAUAUAAUGUAUAAUUAUUCAUCAAUUAGAAGAAUCAAAUUUUCUGUUGAUAAAACUGAUUUAUAUUCAAAUAUUAAAUGGAUUUCUUUCAUUUUAAAUUGUAUGAAAAAGUAUCCAAAUACAACACUUUAUUCAAUUCAAUUACCAAUAGAUAUAUUUGAUAAUUAUGAUGAUGUAAUUUCAUUAUUUCAAUCACCAAACUCAAUCUCAAUAAAUGAAUUGAUUUUAGAUUUUCCAUAUCAUGAUUAUUAUCGUAUAGUAAAUAAAAGACAAAUUAUAGAUAAAAUUCAAGAUUUAAAAAAACAAAUUCAAGCUACCAUCAACAAUAACAAAAGUGAAAAUAAAACAUUAGUAUCUUUUUAUUUUGGAGCAUAA